AUGAACCCCGUCAGUGUCGGGGAGUACCAUGGGCUACGGGUGGGCUCAGCCCUGCUCAGCAUUGUGGCGGGCUGCAUCAUCAUUGGGGUGUCCAGGGAGUGUGAUGCUGAUGCUGUAGGUGGUAUCUUCCUGGGAGCGGGGGGCCUCGGGCAUUAUUUAAAGCAGUGUUUUUAUAUCCUUCAUCAAAGUCAUUAUGCUAUCUGCCUUUCAGGCCUGCUCAUAUCGAUCUACCCCUUUAUAAAAGCCUGGCUGAACAUCAACCAUAUUCUUCCAUCCUUCGGAAACUUCAGAGUGCACCCCACACCUGCCAAUCCCGCUCCUGAUCAACCCGCAGAUGCCCCAAGAAGAGAAGGGACUCAGAGUCAACUAAACCUGGAACGUUCUAAGAGUCGAAUGGGAACCUUUGUGGAGGGCGGACCAAUGGCUGAGACCAACCCAGAUGAGGGGACGUCUUCAGACAUGCCGGACGUCUUAUCUCGACGGAAACUUAAGCAGUCGCCCUCCGAUCAAGACCUGCCAUGACGUCGUCACAUGACCUAACUGACC